AUGAACUUCAUCAACCGUUGGCUCUUUUCAACGAACCAUAAAGAUAUUGGUACACUCUACCUUAUCUUCGGUGCAUUCUCUGGAGUCCUAGGGUCUAUGUUCUCUCUUCUCUUACGUAUGGAAUUGGCACAGCCUGGAAACCAGAUUCUGGCAGGAAAUCACCAAUUGUAUAAUGUCAUCGUGACGGCGCACGCGUUUCUCAUGAUCUUUUUCAUGGUUAUGCCAGCCUUAAUCGGUGGCUUUGGAAACUGGUUUGUCCCAAUCAUGAUCGGUGCGCCGGAUAUGGCCUUUCCACGUUUAAAUAAUAUUAGUUUCUGGCUCUUACCACCUUCUCUUCUUUUACUCUUAAGUAGUGCUCUCGUCGAAGUUGGUGCGGGAACAGGAUGGACGGUUUACCCUCCUCUAAGUCAUAUUACGAGCCACUCUGGUGGUGCAGUUGAUUUAGCUAUUUUCAGUUUACAUUUAUCUGGAGCGAGCAGUAUUUUAGGGGCGAUUAACUUUAUUACCACUAUCUUUAACAUGCGUGGGCCUGGUCUGGGCUUCCAUCGCUUACCUUUAUUUGUGUGGUCUGUUCUGAUUACGGCCUUCUUACUUCUUCUCUCUUUACCGGUUUUAGCGGGAGCGAUUACGAUGCUGUUAACGGAUCGUAACUUCAAUACCUCGUUCUUUGAUCCGGCGGGCGGAGGUGACCCUAUUUUGUUCCAGCACCUUUUUUGGUUUUUUGGACACCCGGAAGUGUAUAUCUUGAUUCUUCCAGGUUUUGGUAUUGUGAGCCAUAUUAUUAGUACAUUCUCAAGAAAACCCAUUUUUGGUUACUUAGGUAUGGUUUAUGCAAUGCUAAGUAUUGGUGUUUUAGGCUUCAUUGUCUGGGCGCACCAUAUGUAUGUUAUUGGUUUAGAUGUGGAUACUCGUGCUUAUUUCACCGCGGCCACGAUGAUUAUUGCGGUUCCUACCGGAAUUAAGAUCUUUAGUUGGAUUGCGACGGCUUGGGGUGGUUCCAUCACCUUCCGUACGCCGAUGCUUUUUGCAUUAGGUUUUAUCUUUUUAUUUACGGUUGGUGGUCUGACCGGUGUUAUUCUGGCCAAUGCUGGGAUUGAUAUUGCAUUACAUGACACUUAUUACGUGGUUGCGCAUUUUCAUUAUGUGCUCUCUAUGGGUGCGGUCUUUGCUCUUUUUGCGGGUUUUUACUACUGGAUUGGUAAAAUUUCUGGUUACCAGUACCCAGAAGUUCUUGGCCAAAUUCAUUUUUGGUUAUUUUUUAUUGGGGUCAAUAUCACUUUUUUCCCUAUGCAUUUUCUAGGACUCGCUGGUAUGCCUCGACGUAUCCCAGAUUAUCCUGACGCGUUUGCAGGGUGGAAUUUGAUCUGUAGUUAUGGUUCUUAUUUAUCAAUUUUAGCCAGCCUCUUCUUUUUCUAUGUUGUUUACGCAACAUUAACACAAGGUGAAAAGUGUGGUAUUAACCCAUGGGCAGUGGAAGGUGAAUCAACAACGUCAACUUUAGAGUGGACGGUGGCGUCUCCUCCGGCUUUCCAUACUUUUGAAGAAAUUCCGGCGAUUAAGGAGCCUUCUUCACACCCUGUUUUACGUUAA